AUGCUGCGCCUCGCGGCCAAGCUGGUGGCCUUCUUUUGGCGGAGGGCGGAAGUUGUGGAGGAGGAGGCCGGGCCGCGGGGGCCCGAGCUCGCGGAAGGUGACACCAAGCUGAAGACUGUCCAGGGUGUGGUGACGAGGUACUGCAGCGAUUAUGGCAUGAUCGACGACUUGAUCUACUUCUCCCACGAGGCCGUGACCAGCAAAGUGCUUCUAAACGUUGGCCAGGAGGUUAUUGCGCUCGUGGAGGAAAACCAAGUGUCGAGUGGACUGAAGGCCAUCCGGGUGGAAGCUGUGUUGGAUAAAUGGGAGGAUGACAGCAGAAGCCAGGGCAGGGGACUGUCUGACCCCAGGCCCCGAGUGCUGAUUGGCUGCGUGACCUCGCUGGUGGCCGGCGCCGGCUACAUCAGCCAGACCACCUACUUCUCCCUGGACAGCGUGUGUGAAGGUUUUCAGCCCUGCAAGGGAGACUGGGUGGAGGCCGAGUACUGGAUCCGGCCGGGCACGUGGAGCAGCGAGGCCGUCUCGGUGAAGCCGCUGCGGUACAAGCGCGUGGACAGGGUGUGCGUGUCCAGCCUCUGCGGGAGGAACGGCGUGAUCGACGACUGCAUCUUUUUCACCUUGGACUCCCUGAAGCUUCCGGAAGGCUACGUGCCGCGGAGGUUUGAUGUGGUCAGCGCCGUGGUGGUGGAGAGCAGCCAGUCGUGCUACGCGUGGAGGGCCCUGUGCAUGACCCCGGCGCAGCGGCGGUGAGCAGACGGCGAAGCUGCUGACGAGACCCACGGAGCUCUUUUACUGGAAAACAAAGGUGGUGUUGAAGUCACGAGGACGACCAGUCUGGGGACGCUGAGAGAAGGGACGAGGAAAAGCAUGGCCAUCUGGAUAGAGAACAAGGGAGAUGUUCCCCAGACCUUAGUCAGCUGCAGACUGGCGGGCUGGGAUAAAGCCAAGCAGUUCCGAUUUCAGAUGCCGGAUGAAAUUCCAGUGUGCCCCACAGAGUCUGUCGUUUCUGCUCCUGAGAAGAAUUUUUCAGAUGAAGACGUUAACUCGUUAGACAGCUGCAGAAAAGACAAAACCCAUCCGAUGCUGGCAGGUGGUUCAGUGAACAACGAAGGAGCCUCCGCAGAUGCCGGCGUCUGUCAAGGAGAAGGUGGAGAAAAGGAAGCGGGUGUGUCCUGGGAGCAGGCGACACAGCCCGAGCCUGGCGGGCUCAUCCCUCCGGGUGGAAAAACCAUGCUUGUGACUACGUGUGACGCCAAGAAUCCCGGCCGCUGCAGGGAGCUCCUCCUGCUUUGCUUCUCCGACUUCGUCGUCGGGCGGUUCCUCGAGGUGGACGUCGUCAGUGAGGAGGAGUCGCUGGUCGCUGUGCGAGAGCCGUUCUCAUGGAAAAAGUCCAGAACCUCCCCGGCGCCAGCGUCCACGAAAACUACAGUGGUCGUCACCACGCAGAAAAGGAACUCCCGACGGCAGCUUCCCAGCUUCCUCCCGCAGUACCCGACUCCGGACAGGCUGAAGAAGUGCGUGGAGCAGAAGAUGGACAUCCUGACCUUUCAGCCGCUGCUCGCAGAGCUUCUGAACAUGUCCAAUUACAAGGAGAAGUUUUCGACUCUGCUCUGGCUCGAGGAGAUUCACGCCGAGAUGGAGCUGAGAGAGUACAACCUGAGCGGGGUCACCCUGAAGCGGAGCGGGGGCCUGCUGGUCCUGGAGGUGCCGGGACUGGCCGAGAGCAGGCCGUCUCUGUACGCAGGUGACAAGCUGAUUUUGAAAACCCCGGAGUACGACGGCCACGUCAUCGAGUACAUCGGCUACGUCGUCGAGAUUCGUGAAGAAAAUGUAACUCUUAAACUUAAUCCGGAAUUUGAACAAACAUAUAACUUUGAACCUAUGGACGUGGAGUUUACUUAUAACAGGACCACCAGCCGACGGUGUCACUUUGCUCUUGAGCAAGUCGUCCACUUGGGUGCGAAAGUGUUGUUUCCAGAAGAAGUCGUUUUGCAGUCUCCCCAGGUGACGUGGAACUGGAGCCAUGCCCGGGACCCCCCACAGGACGGGCAGUCCGCCUCCAAGAGAGACAGACAGACAGACAGACAGACACACACCAGGAAAAGAAGGCUUCAUCCCAGAAACCUCACAGUCGGGAGGACAGACACAGGUGCCCGCGGCGGCACAGGCGCCUGCAGACCGCCGGCGAGCCUGGGCGUCUGCAAGCCGACGGCCAGAAAGGCGCACACCCUGCGCUUCCAAAGACAGAGCCGCGCGCGCACGAAAGCCACGAAGGACCAAACUAAGCUAGCACCAGAGGAGCAGCGGCGGGCAGGUGCCCAGGACACUGCGGGACCUCUGGCCUUCCCUGGGGACGGGGGCCUGGCCACCGGAACCCCGAGAGCCAGGGAGGGGUUUUUCAACCCGAUGCUGAACGAGAACCAGCAGUUGGCGGUGAAGAGGAUCCUGAGUGGCGACUGCCGCCCGCUGCCCUACGUCCUGUUCGGGCCUCCUGGGACUGGGAAGACGGUGACGGUCAUAGAGGCUGUGCUGCAGGUGUUCCACGCUCUGCCGGACAGUCGGAUCCUGGUCUGCGCGCCCUCCAACAGCGCGGCCGACCUGGUGUGUCUGCGGCUGCACGAGAGCCGGGGGCUGCGGCCCGGCGCCAUGGUCCGCGUGAACGCCACCUGCCGCUUCGAGGAGACCAUCCUGGACGCCAUCAAGACGUACUGCAGGGACGGGGAGGACGUCUGGAGAGCCUCCCGCUUCAGGGUCGUCAUCACCACGUGCAGCAGCGCGGGCCUCUUCUACCAGAUCGGGCUGAGAGUUGGACACUUCACGCACGUGUUUGUGGACGAGGCGGGCCAGGCCAGCGAGCCCGAGUGCCUCAUCCCCCUGGGGCUGAUCUCGGACGUCGACGGCCAGAUCAUCCUGGCCGGAGACCCCAUGCAGCUCGGCCCCGUCAUCAAGUCCAGGCUGGCCAUGGCCUACGGGCUGAACGUCUCCAUGCUGGAGAGGCUGAUGGCGCGGCCAGCAUACCUGCGGGAUGAAGACGCCUUCGGGGCCUGUGGCGCCUACAACCCCUUGUUGGUGACGAAGCUCGUGAAGAACUACAGGUCCCACUCGGCACUGCUGGCCCUGCCGUCCCGGCUCUUCUACCACCGCGAGCUGGAAGUGUGCGCCGACCCCAAGGUGGUGACGUCCUUGCUGGGCUGGGAGAAGCUGCCGAGGAAGGGCUUCCCCCUGGUCUUCCACGGGGUGAGGGGCACCGAAGCUCGUGAAGGGAGAAGCCCGUCGUGGUUCAACCCCACGGAGGCCGUGCAGGUCAUGCGCUACUGCUGCCUCCUGGCCAGGAGCGUCUCCAGCCAGGUGUCUGCUGGGGACAUCGGCGUGAUCACACCCUACCGGAAGCAGGUGGAGAAGAUCAAGACUCUCCUGCGGAACGUCGGUCUGGCGGAGGUGAAGGUCGGGUCCGUGGAGGAGUUUCAGGGGCAAGAGUACUUGGUCAUCAUCAUCUCCACCGUAAGGUCAAACGAAGAUCAAUUUGAAGACGAUAGAUACUUUUUGGGAUUUUUGUCCAACUCGAAAAGAUUUAAUGUCGCCAUCACCAGACCCAAAGCCUUGCUGAUCGUGCUCGGGAACCCUCACGUUCUCGUGCGGGACCCCUGUUUCGGUGCGUUGCUGGAGUACAGCAUCACAAGCGGUGUGUACACAGGAUGCAACCUGCCGCCGGAGCUGCAGGCCCUGCAGAAGUGAGCCCUUGGCCGCCUGCGGGAGGGGCUCCGGCCCCGCCCCGCCCCCACCGAGGGCCCCGCCUCCUGGCGGUAGCCGUCCCCCCUCCACCCAGUCCUGGGAUGACAUUUCGGGGCAGCGACCCCCUUCCCGUGCCCCUCCUGAAACCACCCUGGCCCCCCCCACCUUUGGAGGCCACGGCUGUGGCCAAGUGUGCGGCCGCCCCUUCCUGCCAGCAGAGCCACUGUCUGCGGGGAGCCGGAAGACGCCCCGGAGCCCCCCGCUGAUGAAGGUCUGGGCGGGGCCCCUGCCAGCCUGCCUCGUCUUUCAGCCUUGGUCGCAAGCACCGGGGCUCCUGGGUCUGACACCCGCUCAUGCCGCUGUCAGCUCCGCAUGCCGGCCGGUGCCCACCCUGCCCCUGGAUGGUUACUGCAACCGUCACUGCAAUAAACACGGGCGUGAGCAUC